AUGGUAAUAAAUAGAGAACCUUCACCACACAAUCGCGCACUUUACAAUAAUAUCAAGUUAGCAUCGAGCACAACUUUCUCUGUGCGCGCCGUAAGCAAAUUCCGAGGUCCCUCUUCAUCCCAAACAUCAUCAGCCGGUUUAGGUUUUAGACAUUUAUGUUUUCGCUCUUCCUCCUAUUUUAGCUGUUCGUGCACGCUGUUCGUAUUCUUGUUUGUCCCAG